AUGGAAGUGGAACUCCCAGCUGCAGCUGUGAAUGAAUCUCAGCAACAAAAGUUUGCUCUACCUGUGGAUUCUGAACACAAGGCCACUGAGUUCAGAUUAUUUUCCAUAGCUAAGCCCCACAUGAGGUCUUUUCACCUAUCAUGGGUCUCUUUCUUCGCAUGCUUUGUGUCUAGCUUUGCUGCACCUCCCCUCCUUCCCAUAAUCCGGGACAACCUGAACCUCACAGCUACUGACAUUGGAAAUGCUGGUGUUGCAUCAGUUUCCGGUGCAGUUUUCGCAAGAAUUGCAAUGGGAACAGCUUGUGACUUAGUUGGACCGCGCCUGGCCUCUGCAUCACUCAUCCUCCUCACAGCACCAUUUGUGUACUUCACUUCCAUCAUCAACUCAGCCACCUCUUACCUCCUUGUCCGUUUCUUCACUGGCUUCUCCCUAGCCACCUUUGUCUCUACACAGUUCUGGAUGAGCUCUAUGUUCUCUGCUCCGGUCGUCGGUUCAGCCAACGGAUUUGCCGGAGGAUGGGGCAACUUUGGAGGAGGAGCCACCCAACUCAUCAUGCCCCUUGUGUUCUCCCUCAUCCGUGACAUUGGUGCUACCAAAUUCACAGCAUGGAGAAUUGCAUUCUUUGUCCCUGCCAUGUUUCAAAUGCUCACAGCAUUUUCCAUCCUGAUAUUUGGCCAGGACAUGCCUGAUGGGAACUUCCACCGCUUGAAGAAAUCGGGGGACAAAGCAAAAGAUGAAUUCUCAAGAGUGCUGUAUCAUGGUAUUACUAACUAUAGAGGCUGGAUUCUGGCGUUGACUUAUGGCUACUGCUUUGGGGUGGAGUUGACCAUAGACAACAUCAUAGCUGAAUACUUCUAUGACAGGUUUAAUCUAAAACUCCACACUGCUGGAAUCAUUGCUGCAAGCUUUGGCUUGGCUAACUUAUUUUCUAGACCUGGUGGGGGUUAUGUAUCAGAUGUAAUGGGAAAGAGGUUUGGCAUGAGAGGGAGGUUGUGGGCUUUAUGGCUGUGCCAAACCUUGGCUGGUGUGUUCUGCAUCAUCCUUGGCCUUGUGGGAUCUUUAAGUGUAUCCGUCGUUGUUAUGAUCGUAUUCUCUGUGUUUGUCCAAGCCGCAUGUGGAAUGACCUUUGGGAUUGUUCCCUUCGUCUCAAGAAGGUCAUUAGGGGUCGUAUCUGGAAUGACUGGAGGAGGAGGCAAUGUGGGUGCAGUUGUGACCCAGCUAAUUUUCUUCAAAGGAUCCAGAUUCUCAAAAGAAAGAGGAAUAACUCUAAUGGGAAUCAUGAUCAUAAUAUGCACCCUGCCAAUAUGUUUAAUCUAUUUUCCACAAUGGGGUGGGAUGUUUUCUGGUCCCUCGACUAAAAAGAUCACAGAAGAAGAUUACUACUUAGCUGAGUGGAACUCAAAGGAGAAAGAGAAAGGCUCCCAUCAUGCAAGCUUGAAAUUUGCUGAUAACAGCAGAAGUGAAAGAGGCAAAAAACUGAAUACAUCAACCGAGCCUACUGAGGAGAUCACACCCCCACAUGUUUGA